UUCCUGUUUCUAAUAAUGCCUUCUUUUGCCACAUGUAGUUUUUGGGUCACAGUGGUGCAUCCACUAUUUCCUGUGAAGUUGUCUAUUGCUAAUGCCCCACCUGAUGGCACAAACCCAGUACAGAAUGUGGAAAGAUCAUUUCAACUGACAAGAGCUGACAGAGAUAUGUUACUAAAACCAGACCAUGACGUGCAGGCAUGGUGUAUGCUUCUCAAUGAUAAGGUUCCAUUUAGAAUGCAGUGGCCUCAAUAUUCAGAUCUACAGGUCAAUGGUAUUCCAGUCCGCACAACUAAUAGACCUGGCUCGCAAUUGCUAGGAGCUAAUGGUCGUGAUGAUGGUCCAGUUAUCAAAACUUUUACUAGGGAGGGUUUAAAUAAGAUUUCUUUACAAGGAUGUGAUGCUCGCAUCUUCUGUAUAGGGAUCAGAAUUGUAAAGCGGUGCACAAUUCAACAGGUCCUAAACAUGAUUCCAAAAGAAACAGAAGGUGAGCGUUUUGAAGAUGCUCUUGCCCGUGUUUGCCGCUGUAUUGGCGGAGGAAAUACUACAGAAAAUGCUGAUAGUGACAGUGACUUGGAAGUUGUUGCAGAUUCAGUUACUGUCAACCUCCGUUGCCCAAUGAGUGGCUCAAGAAUAAAAACUGCUGGCCGAUUCAAACCUUGUGCCCAUAUGGGCUGUUUUGAUCUGGAAACAUUUGUGGAGCUUAACCAACGUUCUAGGAAGUGGCAAUGCCCCAUUUGCCUAAAGAACUACUCCUUGGAAAAUAUCAUCAUUGAUCCAUAUUUCAAUCGUAUCACUACUAUGAUGCUGCAUUGUAGUGAAGAUGUAACCGAGAUUGAUGUGAAGCCAGAUGGUUCUUGGCGUGCAAAGAAUGAAAAUGAACAUAGAGAUCUUGCGCAGUGGCACUUCCCUGAUGGUUCUCUUUCUGUCACUUUAAACAAUGAUGCAAAACUGAACUUGGAAACCUCAAAGCAGAUAAAACAGGAAGGUGUUUCAGAGGAGCAUACUGGUCUGAAACUAGGUAUCAGGAAGAAUAGUAAUGGAUUUUGGGAAUUCAGCAAAGCAGAGGAUGUGCACUGCCCCUCUUCUGGGAACUGCUUACCAGAAAAGGUCAUUCCAAUGAGCAGUAGUGCCACUGGAAGCUGUAGAGAUGGUGAAGAUCCAAGUGUUAAUCAGGAUGGUGGUGGGCAUUUUGACUUCUCUGCCAACAAUGGCAAUGAGCUAGAUUCUCUGUCUUUGAAUUUUGAUCCAUAUCGAGUUGGUAACAGAAGUUCUUCUGGGCCAGUAGUGGAUGCAAAUGUUAUUGUUCUCACUGAUUCAGAAGAGGAGAAUGAAAAAUUUCCUUCUAAUGAAGUUGUGUAUCAGAACUGUCAAUCUGUAGCCACUGGGAUUCCUUAUCCUGUUGCCCCUACCAAAGUUCCAGAUUCAUACCAAGAAGAUCAAGGGGGGAACUCAUGCCUGUUCUUCAGUGGCAACAAUGAUGACUUUGGGAUGCCUCUCUGGCAACUUCCAUCUGGUACUCAAGCAGGUCCAGGUUUUCAACUAUUUGGUACGGAUACAGAUGUCUCAGAUGCUUUAGUUGGAAUGCCAAAUACUUCUGCUUCUUGUCCAACAUCAAUGAAUGGAUACACUUUGACUCCAGAUAUGCCUUUGGGUUCUUCAACAAAAGUUCCAGAUCCUUCUGCUUGUCAUUCCAACACUGACAUAAAUGAUGGUUUGGUUGAUAAUUCCUUGGCAUUUGGUGGGGAUGAUCCCUCCCUGCAAAUUUUCCUUCCUACUCAACCAGCCAGUGUUUCAGCACAGUCUGAUACAAGAGACCAACCUGAUUUAGCCAAUGGUAUUCGUGCUGAGGACUGGAUUUCUCUUAGGCUUGGUGGUAGUGGUGGUGGCAGUAGGGGCCAUGGUGAGUCUGGAGCCACAAAUGGAUUGAAUUCAAGAAACCAGCUUGCAUCCAAGGAGGGUAGGAUGGAAGCUUUAGCCAACACUGCCUCUUUGCUUCUGAGCAUGAACGGCAAUAGGCCUGACAGGAUAACCACAAAUAAGCAAAGGUCAGAUGGCCCUUUCUCACAUCCUCGCCAACCACGGUCUGUUAGACCAAGGUUGGACCUCUGUAUAGACCUAGACUCUGAUUAGGGGGUAUGGCUGCUGGCUGUGGGAUCAAAACCUCUUCUGCUUUGAAAUUGGAGUGGCUGCAUUUGGAUGCACUGCUUGAGAGAGAUUUUUGGUGAUUGGUUCCCUUCCUGAAUUUCAAUUUGGUGUCUGUAUUUAAAAAUAGAGAUAGCGAAAACAUCAUUUUCCUCCUGAUGAGAAAGGGUUCUCUGACAUGGUGCAAAGUACUCACUGCACAGAAGUCAAUCCAGCAGGAUCUCUGUUGCAUUAUUGAUCCAAAAAAAAAGGAUCUCUGUUGCAUUCAGAAUUUUAUUGGGAAUUCCUGAUUCAUUCUCUGUUGGUGAGCCUUGACAGCCAGAUCUUUUAUCUAUUAUGUGUUAUUUUUUCUAGGAUUGAAUGUCAUACUAACAACCUUUUCCACCUAGCAGGGUUAAUACCUUUACUUUUUCCCCCAAAAAUUGAAUUUUGCAGGUGCAGUUUUGUUGUGUCUGCACUAAGUUGUACAUUAAGGGAGAUAAUCAUAUGAGGUCGGUAAAUAUAGUUAAGUGACCAUCCCAUGGGUGCAAGCAAGAGGAAGCCACCCACUCCCCGCAUUCAUUUUGUAAGUUGUAACACAUACACACAUUUUACUGAGAACCAGAAAUCAAUGGAAACAAUUUGGCAAGUGUGCUUUGACCCUGCUUUGUUUUCUGUACUUCCUAUAUGUAUUGUUAAUAUUACUACCCACAUGGACAUGGUUGAUUCUUGGUGAUAUGCAUUGGGAAUUUGGCACA